AUGCUUGAGGGCAGGAGAAUCUCGGCCAAUCCCAGACCUUGUUCCGGCAGGAGGGUCUUAGCUAGGAAAAGGCCUCGCGUUGAAGGUCUCCUUAAUACUGUCAAGAAACUUCAACGCCGAGAGAUUUCCUCCAAGCGGGAUCGUGCUUUCACUAUGAGCAAUGCCCAGGAAAGAUUUCGCAAUAUGCGUUUGCUGGAUGAAUAUGACACCCAUGACCCCAAGGGCCACUGUUCGGUGGUACUUCCUUUUUUGAUGAAGAGAACAAAAGUGAUAGAGAUAGUGGCUGCUCGUGAUAUUGUCUUUGCCCUUGCCCAUUCAGGUGUCUGUGCAGCUUUUAGCAGAGAGACGAAUCAGAGGAUAUGUUUUCUGAAUGUAAGUCCUGAUGAGGUCAUUCGAAGCUUGUUUUAUAACAAGAACAACGAUUCUCUUAUCACGGUUUCCGUUUAUGCCUCGGACAACUUCAGCUCCUUAAAGUGCAGAUCAACUAGAAUCGAGUACAUACGCAGGGGCAAGCCGGAUGCUGGGUUUUCCCUUUUUGAGUCCGAGUCUUUGAAGUGGCCUGGAUUUGUAGAAUUUGAUGAUGUCAACGGAAAGGUGCUUACGUACUCCGCACAAGAUAGCAUAUAUAAAGUGUUUGAUCUUAAAAACUACACAAUGCUGUACUCCAUAUCGGAUAAACAUGUGCAGGAAAUCAAGAUAAGUCCAGGGAUAAUGUUGCUGAUUUUCAAUAGAGCAAGUAGCCAUGUUCCUCUUAAGAUUUUAUCAAUCGAAGAUGGCACAGUGCUCAAAGCAUUCAAUCAUCUACUUCAUCGAAAUAAGAAGGUUGACUUCAUUGAGCAAUUCAAUGAAAAGCUUCUUGUCAAGCAGGAGAAUGAAAAUCUCCAAAUUCUUGAUGUUCGAAAUGCUGAGCUGAUAGAAGUCAGUAGAACUGAAUUCAUGACCCCAUCUGCCUUCAUCUUCUUGUAUGAGAACCAAUUGUUCUUAACAUUCAGAAAUAGGACUGUUGCCGUCUGGAAUUUCCGCGGGGAGCUCGUAACCUCUUUUGAGGACCACCUAUUAUGGCAUCCUGACUGCAACACCAAUAACAUAUAUAUAACAAGCGAUCAGGAUCUGAUUAUUUCCUACUGCAAGGCUGAAUCUGAUGAUCAGUGGAUGGAAGCAAAUGCUGGGUCUAUCAAUGUCAGCAAUAUUUUGACAGGGAAGUGUUUGGCUAAAAUAAAUGCCUCCAAUGGCAGUCCAAAAGGUGUUGAGAGCUGUACUGGUAGUGGUAGUAGCAGUAGCAGUAAUAGUGGCUCAAAACAACAGAAGCACACGUCUAUGAGAAGUACAGCAGCUGAGGCACUUGAAGAUAUAACUGCACUUUUCUAUGACGAAGAACGCAAUGAGAUUUAUACGGGCAACCGCCAUGGCCUUGUUCAUGUAUGGUCUAACUGA